AUGGAGAAGAGUUGUAUAUCUGUGUUCCUGCUGCUUGUUGCUGUCUCUUAUGCUCUGGCUAAGAACGAUGGCAAAAGGGAUACAAAAGAAGUAAAAGAGACCAAACCAAAACUGCCUCAAACUCUCUCCAGAGGGUGGGGUGAUAAUCUUAUCUGGACUCAGACCUAUGAAGAAGCGUUGUUCAGAGCCAAGACCGGCAACAAGCCCCUGAUGAUUAUCCACCAUUUAGAGGACUGCCCACACAGUCAAGCACUGAAGAAAGUAUUUGCUGAACACAAAGAAAUACAGAAAUUGGCUGAAAAGUUUGUUCUUCUGAAUCUUGUUUAUGAAACAACUGACAAACAUCUUUCACCUGAUGGCCAGUAUGUCCCUAGAGUUCUGUUUAUAGAUCCCUCCCUGACAGUUAGAGCAGAUAUUACUGGAAGAUACUCAAACCGUCUCUAUGCAUAUGAGCCUUCAGAUAUUUCAUUGUUGUAUUCAAAUAUGCAGAAAGCUCUGAAACUGCUGAAGACUGAAUUAUAAGGCAGCGGAAAAGCCCAUAUGCAGCCAAGAUGUCUGAUCUUCCCGCUCUGCUCUACUCGCUGGCAUCAGUGAAAACUUUUGAUUGAUUUUAGAAAUGCAUAGCACUGGUUUAUAUGCAUAACUAACUGUAUGGUUUUUUGUUAACACUUUUGUACUGGAUGGGAUUUUAAG